UUCUGCCGGGCAAGUCCAGACCCAGUUCGUCACCGUCUCCACGAGCAAACGUCCAAUUGAUCAAUCAAGGUACGAUAAAACCAUCAGGGGUCGUCGCCAAACCAAAAAAGAGCAAUCACGAAUCGCAAAACCGAUCGAUCGAAAAGGGGUUGAUCGCAUCUUCUUCACAAACACAUCCAUCCAUCUUCCGUCGUCGGCGCAUUCAUUCGCACUUCCAUCCUUAAACCUCCGAUCCUAGAACCCGCCCGUCCCGAAAUCAUGCGCCCGUCCAGCGUUAUCCUCGCCGCCGUCGGCCUGACAGGGACCGCCCUCGCCCACGGCGACCACGGCAGCGGGUCGCAAAAGCCCAUUGUCGACGAGAACGCCCCAUGGAUGGUCAAGCACAUGGCUGAGGAACACCACAUCGAAAACUUCGACGCCGCCUCCUUCUUCGCUCUGCACGACUUCGACGGCGAUAACACAUGGGAAGGUCUCGAGAUCCUCCGCACAUACGGCCUGAUGGACGAUUCCAACAAGCACGUCUCCCAGCCCAGGAGAGACGAGAUCGUUCGCGACAUCCUCAACUUGAUCGACUACGAUCGCAACGGCGUCAUCACCAAGGACGAGUUCGUGCGCUUCAUCGACGUCGAGAAGAAGACGCUUCCGGAUAUGGGUACGGGGCCGGGACACCACGGCGAUGCUGAGUACGAGUACGAGAUUCAUCACUGGGAGAAGUACCACGACGACAACACCAAGCUCGAAGACCUUACCCACCCUGAAGACAUUGAACAUUUCAAGAAGCACGAGGAGAUGGAGCUCGAAGAGGAACGGUUAGCCCAGAUGGACAAGAUCGCCAUCAUCGAGGAGAACAUCCCCGCCAAGUUCCGGCGGAGUGGGUAAAGACGACCCUCCUCCCUAGUUGCUCGAUCUGCGUGCACGAUUUGAUUUUUGCCCGGCGCAUAUGAAGAGGAUCAGGACUGGAUAUUUAGACACGGAUGGA